CGCAGCCGCUGCGCGCUGUGGAUACGCUCAUACUAUGGAUACCGAGCGUCUUUUUCCACGUUAAAACUUCACAAUGAGGGAUAAAAGCAAAACGCUGUGCUGGGAGAGGGAGAGUUAAUGUGUUUGCAGAGGAGUUUCGAUGAAGUUGAAUGGGAUUUGGCAAGUUUAAAAGCAUGGAGCUAUCGAUGUAUUGGAUUUGGGUUUGUGUCCUGUUCAGCGUGCCGCUUGCGGGAUGUUUGGAGAUGCACCUUUCAGAGACUUUACAGCCCGGGACACUUCUGGCAAACCUAUCGCUCGGCCCUGGCUGGACUUAUAAAAUUGACAGGACUUUAUCCACUAAAUUCAUUCAAAGCUUUUUCCAGGUUGAGAGGCACGAUGGAGUUAUCCGUCUGUCCCACAAAGUUCAGUGUGCGCACACACCGAGGAACCCGGCGCCUGUUUAUUUCAGAACAGGUUCUUCAACAUCUGGGGACGUUAUUCUGACACAGUUUAAUGUGUUUGUCCACGGCCAGGACUGUUUUAUUAAAUACAAGAGAAAGAAAGCGACAGGUAAGCCAGACAUUCACAUUAAACACCUUUCAAAGCUGGAGGCAACUUCCUGCUUACCCGCAGGUAAGUUGCUUUUGAAUGUCACAGAACUUUUGCCCACCUUUACGCGGAACACUACCUUUAUGGACAGCAUGUGUGUCGGACGACAGUUGAGUGCAAUGUUCAGGCAUGGGGAUCUGUUCCUGGCCAGUGACUUAUGUCAUGAUCACAGAGGACAGCCCGAGGUGAAUUUGCACUGUGCGUUGCAUAGCUCUCCGGGCGGCAGGCUCUCCGUGCAGCUCAGUCUUAAGCUCGUAAAAGUGCCUAAACAACAUGGAUCCUUCUCGGAAACCACCCAGAGAAAGUCUGGCAAAUUGAUCCACAGGGGUAAGCGACAGGCGAACUCGCCUCCCCAGUUCCAGCUCCCCAACUAUCAAGUGUCUGUGCCCGAGAAUGAGCCUGCGGGCACGCGGGUUAUCACCCUGAAAGCCACUGACCCGGAUGAUGGAGACGCAGGGAGGCUGGAGUACAGCAUGGAAGCCUUGUUUGACAGCAGGUCCAAUGACUUUUUUGACAUUGACUCUCAGACAGGGAGCAUCACAACCGUCCAGUCACUAGACAGAGAAGUCAAAGACACACAUGUUUUCAAAGUCACUGUAAUUGACAACGGCUCCCCCAAAAGAUCUGCCACCUCUUACCUCACUGUCACUGUGAGUGACACCAAUGACCACAGCCCGGUGUUUGAGCAAACUGAAUACCGUGUUAGCAUCCGGGAGAAUGUCGAAGUGGGGUUUGAAGUGAUGACAAUCCGGGCCACUGAUGGGGACGCUCCCUCCAACGCCAACAUGAUUUAUAAAAUUGUCAACGGCGAUGGAGUUAACUCUGUGUUUGAAAUCGACUCCCGCAAUGGCCUGGUGAGGAUCAGAGAGCGGCCUGACAGGGAGACCCGGGCCAAGUACCAGCUGAUAGUUGAGGCCAAUGACCAGGGCAAAGACCCAGGUCCCCGCAGUGCCACCGCCACUGUCAACAUCUCUGUGGAGGAUGAGAAUGACAACUACCCACAGUUCAGUGAAAAGAGGUAUGUUGUACAGGUCCCAGAGAAUGUGGCAGUCAACACCAAAGUCAUCCAGGUGGAAGCUACAGACAGAGAUGAGGGAAACAAUGCCAAAGUUCAUUACAGCAUCAUCAGUGGCAAUGUUAAGGGCCAGUUCUACAUUCACUCUCCCACCGGUGUGAUUGAUGUCAUCAACCCUCUAGACUAUGAGAUGAUUCGGGAGUAUAAUUUGAGGAUUAAGGCUCAGGAUGGUGGCAGGCCUCCUCUGAUAAAUGGCACAGGGAUGGUGGUGGUGCAGGUGGUGGAUGUGAACGACAAUGCCCCCAUGUUUGUCAGCACACCUUUCCAGGCUACUGUGUUGGAAAAUGUGGCCAUUGGUUACUCUGUGAUCCAUAUUCAAGCAAUUGAUGGUGAUUCAGGAGAAAACGCCCGUUUGGAAUAUCGGUUAACUGACACCACGCCUGGUUUUCCUUUCACCAUCAACAACAGCACAGGCUGGAUUACAGUGAGUGAAGAGCUUGACAGGGAGACCACUGACUUCUACACCUUUGGCGUGGAGGCGAGAGAUCAUGGGAUACCUGUGAUGUCCUCCUCUGCCAGCGUCAGCAUCACAGUGCUUGAUGUGAAUGACAACGUACCCACAUUUACAGAGAAGACAUACUCACUGAAGAUCAAUGAAGAUGCUGUCGUGGGAACCAGCGUACUGACAGUGACUGCUGUGGAUAGGGAUGUCAACAGUGUGGUGACCUAUCAGAUAUCCAGCGGCAACACCAGGAACCGCUUUGCCAUCACUAGCCAGAGUGGCGGUGGCCUCAUCACCUUAGCCCUCCCUUUGGACUACAAGCAGGAACGCCAGUACGUCCUGACAGUCACGGCCAGCGAUGGAACACGCUACGACACUGCUCAGGUGUUCAUCAAUGUGACAGAUGCCAACACGCACCGGCCCGUCUUCCAAAGUGCAAACUACCAGGUGAUGCUGAGUGAAGAAAAACCUGUGGGCUCCACUGUGGCGAUUAUCAGUGCGACUGACGAAGACACGGGGGAAAAUGCUCGCAUUACGUACUUGAUGGAAGACAAUGUUCCUCAGUUUAAAAUAGACCCAGACACAGGUGCCAUCACAACACAAAUGGAGAUUGACUAUGAAGACCAGGCCUCCUACACAUUAGCCAUUAUUGCCAGAGACAAUGGCAUCCCUCAGAAAUCUGAUACCACCUAUGUGGAGAUUAUAAUCCAAGAUGCCAAUGAUAAUACUCCUCAGUUUCUUAGGGAUAUGUACCAGGGGACUGUAUUUGAAGAUGCACCUGUCUACACCAGCGUUCUCCAGAUCUCUGCUUCAGAUAGAGAUUCUGGCUCAAAUGGCAGGUUGAGCUAUACGUUCCAGGGUGGCGAUGAUGGAGAUGGGGAUUUCUUCAUAGAGCCGUACUCUGGUAUCAUCAGAACAGCUCGCAAACUGGACCGGGAAAACGUUCCUGUUUACAAUCUGAAGGCUUUUGCUGUGGAUAGGGGGGUUCCGCCUCUGAAAGCAGCUGUUCCCAUUCAUGUGGUCGUCCAAGACAUAAAUGACAAUGCUCCAGUGUUUGAGAAGGACGAGCUGUUCAUUGACGUGAAGGAGAACAGCCCGGUGGGGUCCGUCGUGGCGAGAAUCUCUGCCACCGACCCCGAUGAGGGCACCAAUGCUCAGAUCAUGUAUCAGAUUGUGGAAGGGAAUAUUCCAGAAGUUUUCCAGCUAGACAUUUUUAACGGUGACCUCACUGCGCUCACAGACCUGGACUAUGAGACUAAAACAGAGUAUGUCAUCGUGGUCCAGGCCACCUCAGCACCUCUAGUGAGUCGGGCCACUGUGCACAUCCGCCUUGUAGACAUGAAUGACAAUGAGCCGGUGCUGCAGAACUUUGAGAUUAUUUUCAACAACUAUGUCACCAACAAGUCGAACAGUUUUCCAUCAGGAAUAAUAGGAAAGGUACCGGCUCAUGACCCAGAUGUGUCGGAUAAGCUACGGUACAAGUUUGAAUCUGGAAAUGAGCUCAGUCUGCUGCUGCUGAAUGAGGACACCGGGGAUCUGAGGUUGAGCAGGGACCUGGACAAUGACAGGCCCCUGGAAGCACCCAUGACCGUUUCUGUCUCAGAUGGUCUCCAUGUCGUUGUGGCCCUCUGCACGCUGCGUGUCACCAUCAUCACUGAUGACAUGUUGACCAACAGCAUCACGGUGCGUCUGGAGAACAUGUCCCAGGAGCGCUUCCUCUCUCCCCUGCUCAGCCUCUUCCUUGAGGGCGUGGCAGCUGUGCUUUCCACCAAACGGGAAGCAGUAUUCGUGUUCAACAUCCAAAACGACACUGACGUGCAAGGCUCCAUCCUCAACGUAACCUUUUCAGCGAUGCAGCCUGGAGGCGCCGCAGGUAAAGGGACGUUCUUCCCUUCGGAGGAGCUGCAGGAGCAGAUCUACCUCAACAGGACCCUGCUCAGGCUGAUAUCCUCUCAGGAGGUGUUGCCAUUUGAUGACAACAUCUGCCUGCGGGAGCCCUGUGAGAACUACAUGAAAUGUGUGUCGGUGCUGAAGUUCGACAGCUCCCCUCCCUUCAUCGCCUCCGACACGGUUCUGUUUCGGCCCAUCCACCCCAUCAACGGGCUGCGCUGCCGUUGCCCGCUCGGUUUCACCGGGGUCUACUGCGAGACCGAGAUCGACCUCUGCUACUCAGGACCCUGCAAGAACAACGGGAGAUGCCGCAGCCGAGAGGGAGGGUACACUUGCGAGUGCCUGGAAGACUUCACGGGCGAGCACUGCGAGCUGAAUGCAUCGUCAGGCCGGUGCGUACCCGGUGUGUGUAAGAACGGCGGCAAGUGUGUCAACCGGCUCGCGGGUGGUUUCAUGUGCCAGUGUCCACCAGGAGAGUACGAGAAGCCCUACUGCGAGAUGACCACCCGCAGCUUCCCCGGACAGUCCUUCAUCACCUUCAGAGGCCUGAGGCAAAGGUUCCACUUCACCGUCUCCUUCACGUUCGCCACCAGAGAGAGAAACUCUCUGCUUCUCUACAACGGCAGAUUCAAUGAAAAACACGACUUCAUCGCUGUGGAGAUCAUCGACGAGCAGAUUCAGCUCACCUUCUCUGGAGGUGAGACAAAGACCACAGUGUCCCCCUACAUCCCAGGCGGGGUCAGUGACGGCCAGUGGCACUCUGUCCAGCUCCAUUACUACAACAAGCCGAACAUCGGGCGACUAGGCAUCCCUCAUGGACCUUCUGGAGAAAAGGUGGCUGUGGUUGCCGUAGAUGACUGUGACAUCUCCAUGGCGAUUCGCUUCGGGAAGCAGAUCGGCAACUACUCCUGUGCUGCCCAAGGCACCCAGACGGGACAGAAAAAAUCACUGGAUUUGACAGGACCGCUGUUGCUAGGCGGAGUUCCCAACCUACCUGAGGACUUCCCGGUCAGGAACAGAGACUUUGUAGGCUGCAUGAGAAACCUCAGCAUCGACAGCAAGGCCAUCGACAUGGCCAGCUACAUCGCUAACAACGGCACCACAGCAGGUUGUCCAGCAAAGAAAAACUUCUGCACUAAUGACGUGUGUCAGAACGGAGGAGUGUGUGUCAGCAAGUGGAACACCUACAGCUGCGACUGCCCGACUGGUUACGGUGGCAAGAAUUGUGAACAAGUGAUGCCAUCCCCUCAGUUCUUUGACGGCCAGUCUCUGAUCUCCUGGAGCGACCCAGACGUUACCGUCGCCAUCCCCUGGUACAUGGGUCUCAUGUUCCGCACCAGGCAGCCUGCUGGCUCACUAAUGCAGAUCAAUGCUGGAUCCUCCUCCACUAUCAACCUCAUGGUGAGUGAGCAACAGGUGCGUAUGGAGGUGUUGCUCAGGCAGCAGCUGGUGGCCUCACUGGGCUUCCCCCAAGUCCGGGUCAAUGACGGGGAGUGGCAUCACCUCCUGGUAGAAUUGAGAAGCGUUAAAGAUGGCAAGGACAUCAAAUAUAUAGCCGCUGUGUCCCUGGACUACGGCAUGUACCAGAAGUCAGUUGAGAUCGGUCAUGACCUCCCAGGACUGAAGCUGCAAACUCUUCAUGUUGGAGGUUUGCCUGGAGCAGGCAACCAUGUCAGCAAAGGAUUUGUUGGUUGCAUACAGGGUGUGCGUAUGGGUGAGACGUCCACCAACGUGGCCAAUGUGAACAUGGCUCAGGCCUUGAAGAUCCGUGUGGAAGACGGCUGCGACCUGGCUGACCCCUGCGACUCCAACAUUUGCCCGGAGAACAGCCACUGCAGUGAUGACUGGAGCACACACACCUGUGUCUGUGACCCAGGUUAUUUUGGAAAGGAGUGCGUGGAUGCUUGCCAUCUCAACCCUUGUGAGCACGUUUCCACCUGUGUCCGCAAACCAAGUUCCUCCCACGGCUACACCUGUGAAUGUGGACAGAACUAUUAUGGCCAGUACUGUGAAAACAAAGCGAAGAAGUCGUGUCCUGAAGGUUGGUGGGGGAGUCCCAUGUGUGGACCCUGUAACUGUGAUACUAACAGGGGAUUUCACAAAAACUGCAACAACAUCUCUGGAGAGUGUCACUGCAAGGAUAACCACUAUCGGCCAGAAGGUGAGGACACUUGCUACCCCUGCGAGUGUUACUCUGUUGGCUCUGAGUCUCGAACCUGUGACCCCAUGACUGGACAGUGCCCCUGUAAAGGAGGAGUCAUCGGCCGUCAGUGCAACCGCUGUGAUAACCCCUUCGCUGAGGUCACUCCCACUGGAUGCGAGGUGGUCUACGAGGGCUGUCCCAAGGCGUUUGAUUCGGGCAUCUGGUGGCCCAAGACCAAAUUUGGACGCCCCGCCGCCAUGAGCUGUCCCGAAGGAUCCAUCGGUACGGCCAUCCGCCACUGUAGCGAUGAGAAGGGCUGGUUGCUGCCUGAGCUCUUCAACUGCACCACCAGCACUUUCUCCCAUCUGAAGAAACUGAACGAGGACCUGCGACGCAACAGUUCAAGGAUGGACAGCGAGCGCUCCAAGACCAUUGUGCGUUUGCUUCACAGCGCCACCAACAACACCCAGAAUUACUACGGCAAUGACGUGAAGACGGCCGCCCAGCUGCUGAAUCAUGUGCUGCAGUACGAGAGCCGGCAGGCAGGAUUCGACCUCACUGCCAUGAGGGAUGCAGACUUCAAUGAGAACUUGGUGCGAGCAGGUAGCUCCAUAUUGGAUCCUGACAACAAGGAGCACUGGGAGCAGAUCCAGAAGACAGAAGGUGGCACCGCCCACCUGCUACGCAACUUCGAGGACUACGCCAACACCCUGGCUCAGAACGUCAGGAAAACCUACCUGAAACCCUUCACCAUCGUCACUGACAACAUGAUUCUAACCGUGGACUACCUGGAUGUGUCGGACCCAGAGAAGGCGACGCUGCCUCGGUUCCAGGACAUCCAGGAGGCCUACCCCAAAGAGCUCGGGUCCUCCGUCCACUUCCCCCAGUUCAACCUCCGCUUUCAGGGCCACAGAGCAGAGCCCACUCCUGCCCCUCCAACUCAGACCGAUCCCCCGCAGGAGGAGGAGCACACAGUGUCCGAUAGGAGACGGCGCCAUCUUGAGCCGGCUGCCCCUCUGCCCGUUGCCGUGGUGAUAGUGUACAAAUCACUGGGGAAGCUCCUCCCGGAAAGAUAUGACCCUGACCGCAGGAGUCUGAGGCUUCCUAACCGUCCAGUGAUCAACACAGCCAUAGUGAGCGCCACUGUGCACAGUGAGGGUCCGCCUGUCCCUCCCAUCCUGGACCCCCCCAUCACCUUGGAGUACACCUUACUAGAGACAGAGGAGAGAACCAAACCUGUAUGUGUCUUCUGGAACCACUCCAUCGCGAUCGGAGGCACAGGCGGCUGGUCCUCUAAAGGCUGUGAGGUGCUCAACAGGAACAACAGUCACAUUAGUUGUCAGUGUAACCACAUGACCAGCUUCGCCGUGCUCAUGGACAUUUCCAAGAGAGAGCACGGUGAUGUCCUCCCCCUGAAGAUCGUCACCUACACCACGGUGUCGGCCUCCCUGUGCCUCCUCCUCGUCACCUUCAUCUUGUUGUGCCUCUUGCGCCGGCUCCGCUCCAACCUCCACGCCAUCCACAGGAACCUGGUAGCAGCGCUGUUCUUCUCUGAGCUCGUCUUCCUGCUCGGCAUCAAUCAGACUGACAACCCGUUUGUGUGUACGGUGAUAGCCAUCCUCCUCCAUUACUUCUACAUGUGCACCUUUGCCUGGAUGUUCGUGGAGGGGCUGCACAUCUACCGCAUGCUGACCGAGCUGCGGAACAUCAACCACGGCCACAUGAGGUUCUACUACGCCAUGGGCUGGGGCAUACCGGCUAUUAUCACCGGUUUGGCAGUAGGUCUUGACCCUCAGGGUUAUGGGAACCCAGAUUUCUGCUGGCUGUCUGUCCAUGACACACUCAUCUGGAGCUUCGCAGGACCCAUCUUUGUAGUCGUCCUGGUGAACAUAGUGAUCUUUAUUCUGGCUGCGAAGGCUUCGUGUGGGCGCAGGCAAAAGGCGAUGGAGAAGUCAGGAGCGAUUCCUGCUCUUCGAAUGGCCUUCCUCCUGCUGCUGCUCAUCAGCGCUACCUGGCUGCUCGGUCUAAUGGCUGUCAACAGCGACGUGAUGACCUUCCACUACCUGUUCGCUGUCUUCAGCUGUCUGCAGGGAGUCUUCAUCUUCUUCUUCCAUGUGAUCUUCAACAAAGAGGUGAGGAAGAACCUCAAGAACGUCUUCACGGGAAAGAAGAGCGUACCAGAUGAGUCCAGCACCACAAGGGCCUCUUUGCUCACGCGUUCUCUCAACUGCAACAACACGUACACAGAGGACGGCGCGCUGUACCGCUCUGGCAUCGGCGAGUCCACCGUCUCCUUGGAUAGCACGCUCAGGUCAGCCAAGAGCCGCAGCAGCUACCUGGCUUACACACUCAGGGAGGAGUCUGGUCAGAAGCCCAGUGUUUCUUCAGGAACAGCUAAAGGACACACAGACCUGGAUGGACCUCUCUUCCACAGGAACGGUACCAAGGGAGAUGACUCUGACUCAGACAGCGAGCUGUCAGUGGAUGAACACAGCUCCUCCUACGCUUCCUCCCACUCCUCCGACAGCGAGGACGAUGACAUCGAUGUCAAACCCAAGUGGAACAACGAGAGGCAGCCCGUUCACAGCACACCUAAAGUGGAUUCAGUAUCCAAUCAUGUGAAGCCUUACUGGCCAACAGAGGCUACCACUGCCAGUGACAGCGAGGACCCCUGCGGGGCAGAGAGGCUGAGGGUGGAGACCAAGGUGAACGUGGAGCUGCAUCCAGAAAAUAAGCUCAACCACAUUGGCGAAAGAGAGAAGGAGACUCUCCAGGAGAGAGACAAACAAACGCCUGGUAAUGCUAGAGACACAGCGCCCCCCAGCCAACCCAACAGCAACAGCAACCACCAACCGGAGCAGAGAAAAGGUAUCUUAAAGAACAAGAUCAGCUACCCUCCUCCGCUGACCGACAAGAACAUGAAGAACCGUCUGAGGGAGAAGCUGAGCGACUACAACCCCCCCACCAUCACUUCCCCUCCGCCCAACAACAACAACACCUCCUCCCUGCCUACCCCCUCUGUCAACAUCAUAACCCCUUCGUCCCGGCCGCCCUCGCUGGCCUCCAACGACGGCGGUCGCCCUGGCAACCACGACAACAGCUCCCUCAUCAAGCCCCCCGUCGCCCCGCGGCCGCAGAUUCCUGCCGGGCCCGCGCCGGCGGGCAUCUACCGGGAGACCAAUGGGGGUGUGGCAAUGCACUUGAAGUCAGGGACGGUCAAUGGAGGCAACGAGUCUGACUCAGACGGCAGUAACGAGACUUCGAUCUGACCUGAUAGGAAAACCCAGACUAGCCUGCCCUUGUGAGAGGAGGAGUGAAGAACCUGCUGGGUGAGGAGAGGAAAGGAGGAGAGCCAAGAGGAUGGGGAAAAAAGAAAAGAAAGCUGAAGACGGACAGGUGCUGCAUAUUGGGUAAAAGGGAGGAAAAGUGUUCCUCACGCCUGAUCUGUCCACCCAUCUCUCCUCUCAUGUUCCCUCUCUCUCUCUCUGGAGAGCAGUAUUAAUUGCAGACUGUAAGACUGCCUGGGACUGGAAAAUAAGCAGAGGUAAUGAAAAGAUGUAAGAAAUAAUAAAGGGAACGCUGUGUUGGACUGUACCAAGAGAGGAUGCAAUGGAGCCACGUGUGCCAAAACCACUGUAGGAAAGUGAGGACGGAGAGAUGAAGAAUUCCCCCAGGAUGCAUUGCAAGCCCCCAAUAAGAAUGUUCCUCUAUGGUGGUUAUAAGGGGGAAAGUUAGGAAAACUGGACAACUUACUUUUGGACAACUUCUUUCUCGUGGAGAAAGGCAUAUGUAUAAUCACUGUGCAUGAACCCAGACUCAAAUACAUGCUGGUACAUUUGUAGUCCAAAAGGAUUUCAAGGACUACAAGUCCCUUAAAACGUCACACAUAACCCUGACACAUCCUGUUCUCACAGAUUUUUGGACACAUCCGACGGCGCUAUCACACACCAAGUGCUCUUCUUUUUUUUCUUUUUUUUACUCAAAGAAAGGCUUCCCCAGCCUCUCAAUGCAGUGCAUUUAGAGUGUAAUUAAUGUGUAGAUAUUGUUAAAGGUGAAGAAGAAAUGAUCUAUUUUGUAUUUCAGCUGUAGCGAGGACAAGCAUCUAAACUAAAAAAUAAUUUGCCUGUGUUAAGUUGGGAAAGCUUUCCAAUUGAGAAAAUCACUUGAUAUGCUGGUUUAAUGCAUUCAUCCUCAAUUGACAUCUUACACACACACAUUAACACACAGCCUGUAGUGGGCUUUCAGGUGCUGUACCACUCUCUGCCAGCAGAUUCUGCUUUACAGACACACACACACACACAUAAUGCAUGCAAGACUGUUAUGUUUUUUGUGUGCGAGUGACCGAGAAUGUCCCGAGUACACGCACACACACAGAACAGUGGCCCUAAAUGAACACUAAUUAUGUAGAACGGAGAGGAAGUCCCCCUCUGUUGAAAACGCAGUUUUUCAGUCCAAGCACUAUGAACCUGAAGCCUUCUUUUCCAGUGUCCAUAUUCUGCCUGUUUGUCCAGUGCAACACACUCCUGGUUACCAAAGCAAUGAAAACAAUAAAUGUGCACAUUUGAGUUGGAGUCAUUUAGUUUUUAACUCAGUUUUAGUCCAAAAUAGUUGGGGGAAAAAGACAUUUGUUGGAGUUUUGGUGGGUUAAAGGCACAGCAAAGAAUUAGUUAUUUUAAAAUGUGUGCUUUUCAGCCACUCACGAUGGGCUUCAUGUUUUUGGCUUUUUUUAUUUAAAAUUUGACAAAUGUGAAUCAGUAUAAAUAAAAAAGUCUGACUUUAUUGCUGAAUUUCUGAAUCUGAGUUCAAAGUGAAAUGAUGCCAGCUCUAAUGCAUUUUGCAGCUAAUAUAAGGCAACUAAAAGUCUUGUUUACCACUCUCUGAAUGCCUUUGUAUCAUACAACAUACUGUACAACCCCAGUGUUUUGCCCUCCUGUAAUCAAUGCUGUUUAUAAAUGUCCUUGUUUUUUUAUUGAUCCAAGACACUGGAAAUGUUUUGUAACAUAAUGUAUAUUUAUUUUUUAUGGUUUUAAGACACUGGAAAGAAAAGAUGAUUGUGACUGUAAAAUUAAAGAUGACA